UGGGAAUCUAGAUUUGAACAUCUGUAUCACAAUACCCCUCCUGCUUUGUCAGACAUGCAGCGAGAGGAAACCUAGAUCCUGCACCUGCACAUCUCCGGAAAUAUCUUGCCUUGUAUCACAUGACUAAUAUUUGUAAGACUCGGCCCAACAGGUAUCGCCGACGUCAUCAUCCGCCGUUGCGCGACGUAGCUUGCACCACCAUACAACCAUCCAGACCAUUCAAAGGCCAUUUAUUACACAUUUACAAUUAGUGCAGGACAAUGAGAUAUAUGUAUCAUGCUGUCCCACGUUCCAUCUCACGAUCCAUAACACUCGUCAACGCUGCAAAAUUUAAACCAAUUUAUCCGGGGUCUAUUUACUAUCAGAAGCGGAGUAUCACAAUGGCAACCUCACGCAAGGUCCAACUUUCCCCAGAAGUUUCGGGGGUCUUUAGUCUAUCCAAGCCGAGCGAAGAGAGUGCUCAAAUGGCCAGCCGUCUCUUGCAGGAGAAUCAUGAGAAAUAUAAUCUAUUUUUCAAUGAAGAAGGCUUCCAUAACCACAUCGUGCACCAAGUUCUAACCCUUUACGGUCUUGGAGCCCCUCCCAAUGUGAUAGAGGCGCAUUACAAGUCGAACACGUCGUACCAGAUGAAGCCAAAGCCACUAAGAGAAGAGAAUGUGAAAGCUAUGAGCGAGCCGGAGGGAUUCAAGAAGUUUCUCGGCAAUAUAAAGUACACGCAUGACUAUAUCGAAUUUUUCCAUCGGGAACUCGAGGCCAAGGGCGUAGAGGCGGUCGUUCAAGAGUAUUUAUUCUCCAGGUCUGAGCUUGCAGAGGAUCUGCUCGCCAGAUUAUACGGCGGAUUCCUCCAUCCCCUAAUUCAUCUCGGCUUUGGUCUUGAAUUUAAACAGCCCCUCAUUGUCGCCGAGGCUCUCGCAGAGGCUGCAGUUCACGAUAUCUGGCUUAAGCCGUUCUUUAUUGGUGCCGAAAAGCUAGCCAAAGAGAGCAAAACCUCCAAAAGCCUCUCUCAACUCGUCGUGGAUGUUGAUUCCGAUGAGAAGUUGAAGGCAUCUCCUAAAUGGGCUGACGGCAAUAAAAUCCGAGACGGGAUCCUCAAACGCGCCCCACAAGAGAUGAUCAACCAUGCGUCAAAGUACCACGUGCCACUGGACCAGCUCGCUCAAAAGACGGCAGAAAUGAUGGAUGCCACCAUUUUCUACACGGCAGCAGCGCAGCACCCGCCGAAGGCGAUCAAAAUAGACUUCUUCUUUAUGCACUGCGUGAAUGCGUCCAUCUUCUGGCCGACAUUCAACGCCCUCUCCUGGAUAAGCGACGAGAACAAAUGCCGCUUACUAGAAUGGAAAGGACGCCUGGAUCUGGUAAUGUAUGUCUCUCGUGGAACGCCGCCUCUGUUGAAGGAGGAAAUCGAGGAGUAUACUGCAGAAACUGGCAAGGAUUUGACUUGGAAUCAGUUGGGAGAGAGGCUGUUCAAGAUUAAUAACGAUGACGGACAUGCAGUUAAGCUUCUGAGGGCACUUGGGACUGCAGAGCAGGUGACCAAGGGGUUCGAAGGGGGGAAGGUGCAGAAGGAGCAGUGGUUGGGAAUUGGACGGAUGGUGGUUGACAGCGUUGAGGCUGUACAGGGAUCCGACCAGAGUCCAUGGGCGAGAAGUGUGGGCUUUGAUAAGGCUUGGGAUGAUGUGAAGGAAAGGCCAGCAAAGUCUAGCCUGUGAAGAUAUUCAUGAAUAUAUGGAUCUACAUUUGCCGGUCAUUCCACGUAAUUACGAAGGGUGUUCACGCCGGUACAGCUAGGUAUGCAAGGAAUGAGCAUGUUCAGUAUAUAACUGAUGAAAACCAUAUAUUGUCUGAUAAAAUACUCUUAUCAUUGAUUCACAACCUUUCCC